AUGGUGUCGAUUAAGAAGGUCGUCACGAAGGUGCCUGAGGUCUUGGUUUUCCAGGGUUCAGAUGAGCAGCUGCAGGAGAUUUACCAGAACCACCAGAGGACGGUGAGGGAGAAGGAGCGCAGGCUGACAGAUUGCCAGAAGGAGCUGGAGAGAGCUGGGCGAGAGUGUCAGAGACUCAACAGGGUCAAGGCUGACCUCCUGGUAGAACAAGGUCGUCUACAACUGGAGGCUGACCGCCACACUCAAAACAUCAAGAACCGAGACACUCAGGUUCGCUCUUUGUCGUCCUCUCUGGAGAUGGAGGGUUACGACAGACCUCCCUUCAGCAGUCUUCAACUUGAAAGCUUUAAUCGUCAAGUCACACAGAGACUGGAUCAGGAGAAAGAGACGGCCAAUCAGGUUAUGGCUGACCUGCAGGAAAAGGAUCAGCAGAAGCAGCAGUCCAUUGAUGAAAUGAGAGAUAAGAAGACCGGCCUGGAGAGAACGGUGGAGUUGAAGAGAGACAUGCAGGGAAAGAAGCAACAAGAAAUGAGGAACGUCCGGACAGAGCUGCUGAAGCUCGAGGGUUCGUCCGGCCGGCUGCAAGAACUGGAGAAUGAACUGGCUAAAGUGGAGCGCGAGCUGCAGAGCGUGGUUCAGAGCUCCAACGUGGAGGAGCUGAAGGCCGACGUGCUGGAGCUCCAGGGAGAGAAGGCUGAACUCGACCGCUUACAGAGACAACUCGACCAAGAGAUGGGGAUGCUCAACACACACACCACCGCUCGCACACAGAUGGACAUGCUAAAGAAGGACAAGACAGAGAAGGACGAGCAGGUUCGUAAGAUCAAGUCUCGUCACAACGAGGAACUGGUGUCGUUGCUCGGCCACUUUCCCAACAAGAGAGAGCUGGAGGACUGGAUCUAUUCCAAGUCGAAGGAAAUCAACAGCACCAGGGACCGACUUGCCAAAUUCAAUAAGGACCUGGCUUCAAAUGAGCAGAACAAAAGCCACAUCGCUGCUGAGGUACGGAAGAAGGAGCAGCAGUUGGCCAGCGACGAAGAGAAGUUUUUCAAUGUGUGUGGCAGUCAAGAUCUGGAGCAGGACCUGGGCAAACUGCGAGAAGAUCUGGAAAAGAUCUCCAAACAAAGAGUAGCCACUGUGCUGCCUCCCCAGCAGCCACUGUGCUGCCUCACCAGCAGCCACUGUGCUGCCUCCCCAGCAGCUACUGUGCUGCCUCACCAGCAGCCACUGUGCUGCCUCACCAGCAGCCACUGUGCUACAUCUGAGGCUAAACUUCAAGGUCUGAGAGCCAUCAUCUCCUCCCUCUUCCUCUCCUUCCUCUUCAGAUCCGUCUCUGUGUUCUUCAGCUUGUCUGGCACCAGGCGCAGCUUGGACUGCAUGUCGCUGAUGACUUCCUGCAGAUCAGAGUCUGAAGGGAACGUCCGCUGGCACACGGGGCAGCAGGGCUCUCUCUCCUCCGUCAGCUGGCUGAUGAACUGGGUGUACACCGCUGUUGCUCCGGAUAGCAUGGCUAUGAAAAGGAAAGAGCUGCGAGAGGAUCAGUAUAACAAAGCUGAUGAGCGCUACAAGAACAAGAUGAUCACAAUGAGGACAACCGAGCUGGUUAUUAAAGAUCUGGAUCUCUACUACAAGGCCCUGGAUCAAACCAUCAUGAAAUUCCACAGCAUGAAGAUGGAUGAGAUCAACAAGAUCAUCAGAGACCUUUGGCGCAGCACCUACAGGGGUCAAGACAUUGAGUACGUGGAGAUCCGCUCUGAUGUGGACGAAAACUCGUCUGCUGGAGUGCGGCGGAGGGUUUACAACUACAGAGUGGUCAUGGUGAAAGGAGACACCGCUCUGGACAUGAGGGGGCGCUGCAGUGCCGGGCAGAAGGUGUUGGCGUCCCUGAUCAUCCGUCUCGCUCUGGCAGAGACCUUCUGUCUGAACUGUGGAAUCCUGGCCCUGGACGAGCCCACCACCAACCUGGACCGAGACAACAUCGAGUCUCUGGCACACGCCCUCGUAGAGAUCAUUAAGAGUCGCUCUCGCCAGCGUAACUUCCAGCUGCUCAUCAUCACCCACGACGAGGACUUUGUGGAGCUGCUGGGCCGCUCCAGCUACAUCGAGCACUUCUACCGCAUCCGUAAGAACCAGGACCAGAACUCUGAGAUCACAAAGUGCAGCAUCACCUCCCUCUCUACCUAUCUCAACUGAGCAGACCAAAGACUCUACACUUCCUUGGAAAUGCACAGUAAACCUCGAUCUCCGUGUUUUCAUUUCAGUUUUGGCAAAUUCAGCGUUGAUUUAGUUGAAAAAAGGGAACGAGUUAAAUGAUCUUAACCCGCCGAAGACACUGGCAAAUAUCCAUGAUUCAAAAUAUUGUGUUGAUUUCAAACGUCACUGUUUCAUAACAGAAAAUAUGCUUUACGUAAUGCUUUAUUAAAUCCUCCAUUCCAGUAAGAAACUACCAGAUAAAGUACGAACUAAAAGACCAAAGUUCUGAUUCUAAUCUAAAGCAGGAACAGCUUCCGUGUUAAGCAUCAUGACGUUUGCAUGGUCUUGGCAUUGUGUCUUUAAAACGUUUCCUGUAGCCAUCUGCUGUCCAUGUAUCUGUUCUGCUUAAACAUUUGGAAAGUUCACAGUUAUGUUUUCCUGUUUUCCUCUCAUUACGUUCUGUCAUUAAAUCUUGGAAUGGUU